GUCGAAGCUGGAUUCACUGUCAAUUCGAGAGCCGCGAAGAGUACGCUCGCGUCUAUUACGUGGUGUGUUUAUAGUGAAGUGGAUUUUGUGAUGAGAUUAUCGAAUGUCGUGAAGUGAAAGAUAGUGUUGUUUUAUCAAAAAGUGUAAACUUGUGGGCUGUACAAUGUUUAUGGUUCACUUAUAGUGCAUAAUCAAAAUGUGUGAAUCACGAUUGUGUGCAAAAUUGAUUUAUGCCACGUAGUGACGCGAACGGGUAAUGAUUCCUAAUGUGGAGUUCGAAGCAAGAUGGUUAGAGAGACUCGGCACCUGUGGGUUGGAAAUUUACCCGAUAACAUUCGUGAAGACCGAAUAAGGGAGCACUUCAAACGCUAUGGCCGAGUCCAGAAUGUCAAAUUGUUGGGUCGGGCAGACAACAUUACCACUGGUGUCAAUGCCGGAGGUGCCAGUGGCGUCUGUGCCACAGUUGCCUUUAUGGACAUUAAGUCUGCAUCAAAGGCACAUAAUACGGAACUCGUGCUGGACGAACGCACGCUUACCACCGAGUAUUAUGAGCCAGCUGCGAUACCCUCUGCAGCGGGUGCACCCUCAGCCGGCUCAUCCCCUGCCGGUUCUGGCUACUCAGGUUCUUCGUCCUCCGUGAAUUCUACCCCUGCUCCCGCUUCCGUGUCACGCUACCACCUGUCUGGCGGAGAAGAUAGUUCAAGCAAUACGUGCCCAAUUGCUGCCACUGCUGCGGCGCCAGCUACGUGGCGUGGUACAAAUGACAGCGCCACCGAGUAUUGCCGCCGUGGUAACACGCCCGCCGCGUACGGCAGGUACCAGCGCAACAACUCAACUGCACCUUAUUCCACACCACCCUCUAAUGUUGAAAGAACAACUCCACAUCACCGAUGGUACGCAAAUAGCGAUCGAGUUGCUGGUGCGACAGGCGGUGAAAGUACACCUAGUACACCAGGUGGCGGGACCGAAGGAGGACGUCGGCGCCGUAACUCUGGCUCCGGCUCGUCACGAUCUGACUCGAGUUCUCCCGAACCGAGCGAUACUUCAAGAGCUUCGACGCCAGCCGCACAACCAUCACUCUCUCACCAUACCAACCAUCGGACGCCGCCAUCUUUACAACACCAAUGGGCGUCGACGGCGAGUGGUAGACCUUUGGCUAUCUGUGUGCGAAAUCUACCAACACGAUCUACCGAUAGUUCUUUGAAGGACGGCCUUUACCAUGAAUACAAGAAACAUGGAAAAGUUGUAUGGGUUAAAGUAGUUGGUCAAAACGCCGAUCGUUAUGCGGUGGUGCGAUUUAAAAAGCCAUCCGAUGUGGAGAAGGCCUUGGAAGUAUCACAAGAUAAACUUUUUUUUGGCUGUAAGAUCUCUGUGGCGCCUCAUCAAAGCUGUGAUGAAGAUGCAGAUUCGGCUAAACCUUACGAGACUGAUAUCGAUGAGUACCACCCUAAGGCAACAAGGACGCUAUUUAUUGGUAAUUUAGAAAAAGAUGUAACGCAGCAACAGCUCCGAGACAAAUUCAAACAUUUCGGAAGAAUAAUUGAGAUCGAUAUAAAGAAGGGAAGUAGUGGAGGAGCAGGAUAUGCGUUCUGUCAAUAUGCAUCAAUAUCAAGCGUCGUGGAAGCCAUUCGUGCCAUGGAUGGCGAAAAUGUGGGCGGCUCACGAGUGAAGCUUGGCUUUGGGAAACCUGUUGCCACUACGUGUGUGUGGGUGGAUGGUCUCACGGAGCACACAGAGAAGCAGGUGUUGAGCGCGGUGUCGCGAUGUGGCGGUGCGACGUCAGUGUGCGUGGACCGCGCGGCGGGCGCGGCACUGGUGCACUUCGAGCAGGCCGCGGCCGCCGGGGCCGCCGUCCGCGAGCUGCGCCGCGUUGCCGCCGCCGUCUCCGCCGCCGAGCCCGACCACCCGCGACUCUGUGUAGACUACGCCUCGCGCGAGUGCCAGGAGGCGUUUUAUGAACAAUUGGAAAAGCAUGGCGGAUCGGCGGCGUUGACGGGUUCUGAAAGACUGAGUGGGGAUCUUGCUACUCGUUAUAUGCCGCCAACUCGUCAUGAUCCUGUUCGGUUUGACGGUACUGGUUCACGAUCGAGGGCAUCAAGUUACGGUCGUGCAUCUUCUAGAACCCCGCGUUAUUCUACAUUAGAACAUUAUGAUCCGACUGAUUACGCUGCAGACCGACGGUACAGGGUAUAUGAUGAAGUAGGGUCAAGUCCGCAAGCUGAAGAGACGCCAUACGAAGAAAGGUUACAAUCAGUUGUGGUAUCACCACAUCGCGCGCGACGCCACCGCCGCGAUUCCAGCCCUGAUGACCGAAAACAUUCUAAGGAGAGACAUCGUAGUGUUGGUACUCGACGCUCGCGCUCGGGAUCACGCGGUGGAGAGCGGCACGCUAGCCGGCGCCGGCACCGGAGGCGGCGCGAGGGCUCGGGCUCGCACUCGCGCGCCGGCACGCCGCUGCGGGAUGAGCCCGAUGCCGGGCCCGUGGAGCCGCGCCGGCCGCCGCGCGAGCGCCCGCCGCUGCCAAUGAGCCUGCCGCUGCCCAAGUUCGCCGUGCAGCUCAUGCGCAGCGCGCCCUCCGCGCCGCGCCCCGAGCCCGCGCCCGCGCCUGACUCUCCGCCGCGCCCGCCUUCCGCGUCUUCCUCCAGCGGUGGCUCCGCACCGCACUCGCCCUCCUUGGAGGAGCGAAUCCGCAGCCUGGACGAGAAGCUCAACGGAUCGCGAAUGCUCGCUGAAGCGCCGGAUCGCACCCGACUUCGACACCGCCUGCUCGACGUAGAUAUCAAUGAAGUGAAACCGUCGGAGGUAGUACGAUCGUUACUAGCGAAACGUUCUGUUUUUGACGAAGAUUCCGAGCGACUAGAAGGCGCCGGCCGCGCCCCUAGCCCGGGCAGCAGCCCCCGCAGCCGGCUGGCGGGCGCCACGCCGCGCGCGCUCCGUUACCCGUUCCCGGCACAUCCGCCGCCGCCGGCUCCGCCCGCCGCGCUGCUACCGGGCUCGCUGGAGCUGGAUUCCGAGCUAGCGGAGCACGGCACACUGAAGUUGCCUACGAGCCUGUGCCACGAAAGCCGAGGCCGUCCGCGCACUCCGCCAGCUCCUCCGCCGCCGCCUGAAUCCGAGACUGAACUCGAACGUGACAAUCAGCCCUGUCAUAAUGACAAUUCUUCGCAAUUCGAUAGCGAUACAAAACCCAUUGAAAGGCACACAGAUGAGUAUUAUUCCGCUGACGGUGGGAACGUCUCAUUGAUUACAUCUGGUGGAACAGAAGAUAGUGUUGAUGGUGAAGACAAUGAUCGUAGUCGUGACCGUAGUAAUUAUUCCAUAGCAUCAACAAGCCUUACCAAACAAACGAUCCCUGUACCUUUUAGUGCCGAUUGUGGCCAAACUGCACGCAAUGAUACUGCCCUUCCAAAAAAUGAUGUUCACCGUCAAGAUGAUAAAAUUAAUAGCUCUCUUUCUUUUAAUUUGGAAGAUAAUAGUGCUCGAGAAGUGAUGGAAAUGUUACUGAAACGAGUUGAGUGUAAUGACUCUCAAAAGUGUGAACCACAGUUCGAAAAAAUAUGUAAAUACAACAAAGAAAGUGUAAUUAAAACAGAGCUUCACAAACACGACGAAAGACUAAAGUUAGAUAGCGAAAAUAAAAUAGAUCUUUUUUGUCAUUCUGAUAAACAUAACAGCAGGGAAAUACAAGAAAACCAUAUCACCAAAGAAUUAAUCGAAUUCGAGAUGCAACAAAAUAAUUUGAACUCAGUUAAUUUUAUGAAAACAAAUGUAGAGCUAAAUCACGAUGUGAAAAGUUCCGAAAAGGUUAUCAAAGACAGACAUAAUCACAAUUAUCACAACACAAAACUUGAAAAAGAAAAUAUUCAAUUUGAUAAGUCAUUUGAAAAAGAAAGAAAUACCAACUCUUUAGCAUUAACCGAUAAAAAAAUGGAUUCUGAAAGAAAUCACGAUGAUCGUGUCAGACUAGACCGCGACAAAAUACGACACAGUAAAGAAAAAAUAUUUGACAAAGAAAAGUCUGAGUCUGAAAAGAUAAAAAGCAAUAAAUCUGAAAAACAUGCUGAUAAGGAAAAGAGGCCGAAGGAAGAACAACAUGAAAAAUCUCAAAAUGAUAAAAACAAAAGUGAAAAAGAUGGAGAAAGAAACCAGAAAGAUAAAAGUGAUAAAGAACUUGAAAAGUCUAAACAUAAUGAUGAAAAAUCGUACAGACAUGAUCAUCAUAAAAAAGAUAGAAGUGAUAGAGAAAAAAGAAAGGAAUCCCAAGACACUGAAAACUCCUCGGUCAAAUCAAAGAAAGAUGACAAACAUAAACACGACAGAACAAAGAAGGACCAUGACUCAAGAAGAGAAAGUAAAAAGGAAUCUGAAUCCGUAAAAAAUCGUAAAUCAUCUAGAGAUGAAACUUCGAGGGAGCUUAGUCGCAAAGAUUCUACAGAUUCUUCAACAUCGAGAGCUUCGCACGAAUCUUCCAAACUGAAAGAUUUAGAAAUUGACUCUAAGGACGAUGGAAAAUCAAAAUUAAAACAUAUUGAAUUAUUUGUAAAACAUGAUAAUGAUAAAGAACCUAAAUUAGAUAAUAAAGAAGAAAAGGAUUCUGGAAAUCAUAAAAUUAAAAAUGAUGCAACAUCAGAGCAUAAUAAUACAAAAUUGAAAGCAGAUAGUAGUGAAAAACAAAGACACUAUUCUCUCGACUCUCCAAGCGUAGACAGUAAACGCAAAGAACGACUAAAUUCGUGUUCAAGUUUACCAUCAAAUAUUGGACAUAAGCGAAGAAUGUCAUCACAAGAUAGUAUUGACAUAUUCAAUGAAGAUGUAAAGAAGGGUAGGAAUGAUUCCAAAAUAUCUGAAAGAAGGGACUCUAAAGAGUCUCGCUCCGAAAAUAGGCAUAGAACUACCAAAUUCAGCAAAGGCCAUUUUGCUAAGAUAAUUGAAAGCAAAACGAAAGAUGAUAAAAAGAAUCAGGUAAAACCCCCGGAUGACACUUAUAUCGAAAAAAAUGCUGACCCUAAAGAUACUAAAACAGUAGACAAAAUUAAAUCAUCAAAAAAGAGCCAUGGUGAUGAAACUGAAGACAAACCUGCCCCUGAAGCAAUGAAUGAAGGACUACAGAAUGAUUUAGACUUUUUAGCUACUUUAGAAUUACGCUCUAGUGAAGAAGAUGAGAGACAAAGAGCCCUUCGAAAAGAAAUGAAAGAGAAAAAACGUAUACAGCAAUUACAACAGAUUCAAGAACUUCAGUUACAGCGGGAUGCAUUACAUCCAACUGAGUUUAUGGGAAAAAGUAAAGAUGAAAAGAAACCUAAAUGUGACGAGAAAAAGAAAGAAAUUGCUCGUGAAAAACGAAUGUCAACAGAACGGAAAAGUAGAGAGGACAAAAGUGAUAGCAAUAAACGUAAAAGCCGUAAACCUGUGCAUAGUAGUGAUAGUUCUGAUUCUGAUGAACCUAAAAAGCAUUCAAUUUUUGAUAUCAUUGAUGAUGGGCCUACGUAUAUAUCUAUGUAUGAUAAAGUUAAAGCUCGAUCAUGCAAAAAUAUGCAAAAGCAAGAGGAGGAAAAGCGCCAAGAAAAAAUUAAGGCUAAAUUUAGUCAGUUAAAGCAAAGUAGAGCUAAGCGAGAGGAAAAGAAAAGAUCUAGCUGGGAUGAAGAUAGUGACUCUGAUCAGGACAGAAAGAAAUAUUGUUCUAUGGACAAUUCGUCGGAUGAUGACAUUGUCAUUCACACAAAAAGACGUGAAAAGUCACAUCGAUACGAAUAUGACUCCAGUAAAGCCGAUGAAUAUUUUGAUGGAAACACAAAUGAAGAAGAUCUUCGUAAUAAAUUGUCUCGUAAAAACUCAAGAACUCGUAUUAUGUCCGAUACCUCGGAUGACGAAGCUUCUAAAAGAAGUGUUAGUAAAAGUCCGACUUUUGGUCUGGAUAAUUUGAAAAAAGAAUUACUCUCUGAUUCAGAAUCUACACAAAAAAUUAAAAUAGAGGUAAAAGAAACAAGCGAAAAUAUUAAGAAGAAUUCCUUAUUAAAUUUAUUCGGGAAAAGUGACAGUGAUGAUAGUAAAAUUAAAUUGAACCUUGAAAAUGAUAACGGCUACAAAACUAAUUAUGUUAAAUCUAUGUGUAAUGAUUUUUCAUCUGAAAGCGAAUCUACAUGUAAUAAAAAUUCAUUAGAAAAUCGUAGGAAACAUAAGAAAAAGCAGAAAAAACAUAAAUCAACAUACUCUGAUGACGAAAAAAUUGAUAACAGUGACACCAGCUUGCUGGAAGGAUACAAACAUAAAACUAUUGAUAAACAACGUAGACAUAGCAAUAGAAAAGACAAAAGGAAGGAGAAGUUGCGAGAGAGUAUUGAUACGGACGAUACUCGUGAUGAGAAAAGCAAGAUAAAACGAGAGAAGAAAUCGUCUAAUAACAAUUUUGACGGUGUUACCGAUACCGUCAGUAAUACAAUGAAGAAAGAUGGAAAAAUGGAAGACAUUUUUGGGCCUCUAACUGACGAAUCAGAUGGAGACACUCGAACACAUACAGCUCAUAAAAUGGAGUUUUCUUCACACGAGGCUGAAUCUAAUUUUUCUGUGAAUAACCCAGAAUAUAAAUCGAAAGAGAAAGAUGACCGACGUAAAAAGGAGAAAAAACGCAAAGAAAAUAGAUUUUUCAAAGACGAUGAUAACAGUUUGGAUGUUGACGCUGUUAGUAAAGCAAUAGAGGCACGUCUUUUUGCUGACGCCUUGAUGGACGAUGAUAGUCGUAUCAAAGCAGAAACACUUUCUGAAAGCCUUAAUAAGUUUGAAAAGAAUGAUAUAAAAUAUGCUGAAGGGAAUGUAAUUAGUGAAAUAGUUAAACAUGACAAAAUAAAAAGAGAUUGCAAAGAAAAGAAAAAGAAGAAAAAGAAAAAUAGAGAAGACAGACAAAGUCGUAAAGAACACCAUAAUUAUUAUCAACAAGAAAAGGUUGACAAAGUAGAACAUGAUACAACUGAAAAUGAGGAAAUUUCUACUAAUACGCUAUUACUUGACAUACCAUUACCAAAUGACGUACAAACGGUAAAUUUUGACAAAGUAGAAAAUUGCCAUUCGCAUCUAGGGCCGCAAAGUUUACCUCGAUUAACAGACAGCCCACCGAUUACUAUACAGUCCGACGAAAAUACAGAUUCUAAAAGUAUAGAUUCAAGCAACACUAUAAUAGAUGACAAUAAAAUGGAUUACAUAGAAAGCAAAGAAAUUGAAAUUGAAGAAAUUCCGAUGCCUCCACCUUUUGAAACAAUUGUUACUGAUAUAAGUGAAGUACCAUUACCAAAAGAUCCUCUGCCUAGCAAACUGAACAAUAAUACCGAAGAUUGUUUCUUAUCCAGUCUUAGUAGCGACGGUGACUCUUGUGAAGAUGCAGUGCGUAAUAUUAUUUCUUCAGAAAAAGAAGUUGACAAAACGGAAAAGAUGGACACAAGUUCAGACAUUGUCGAAAUUUCACCAUGUAAAACAGAGAAAAAAUCUGACGAAAAACCUAGGGCUAUUAUAUCUCAAGAGGAGACCGAAGAUGCAGUUGCUGCUUUAUUGGGUGAAAGUUUUGGAGGCAAAGUAAAUACUUUCUCUAGCUGUUACGAAGAAUCUGAAAAUAAUUCAACACAUCAAAAUGAAAUAGAAAUUGCCACAAUAGAAAAUGAAAAUAUUCCGGAAGAGGAUGCUGAAGAAAUGCGACAAGCAGUUCAAAAUUUGAAUGCCAGUGAAAUGGAAAUGAAACCAGAUACUCCUGUAUCAGAUAAUGACUUGUUAUUAAUUGAUACUGACACGGAAGAAAAUGACGAAACAGCUCAGGAUGCUAUAGAAAAGUUGCCUGUUAACAUCAUAGCUACCAACCAAACCUUGCAUGCAAUAACUGAUCAAAAGAAAAAUUUAGAUAGCCCAAAUACUACAAAUCCUGAUACAAAACCAAAUCUGGCGCCUAUUGUUACAACUACUGCGACUGAUACAACUGUUAAAGUAAAAGAGACUGACAUUAAGAUACAAUUGACGAAGAGAGAGAACAUCCAAUUGAUUACAUCAACUGCAACUCCUGUCAUAACCUCGUGGACAUCUGCAAACAAUAAAGUACAGGAACCACAUAUCUUAAAUAUUCAAGGUAGCUCUUUACCAAAUAGAGACAAAAUUGAAAUGAAACCUACUCAUAUAACUGCAAAUAUUGUUCAAAUCAAAACUGGUGCUUCGACACAAAAUGUGCAAAUAAAUAAUAAUUCAACAAGGCCUAUCAUGAGUCAGCCUCGAGUCACAGCUCCAUCAUUUCAAGUUAUUAAUCAAAUGAUUCGUAGUCAAGCUCCUAACAUGCAACCACCGACAAUCAAGAUUCCAGAGCCUCAUGUUUUGUAUCAAAAACCACAGGGAAUUGUUAUUUCCCCUCGUAUGCCCAAUGAUCCGAGACUGCAAAGUCCUAAAGCUAGCUCUCAAAGUGAAACAAUGACGUCGCCUCGUUUGACUAACAUGACAAUUUUAAGUACCUCACCACAAAGUUUGAAUUCAGCGGGAUUGACAUCACCUAAUGCCAUUCCACAAAGAUCGCCUGGUCAAGUGACUGUGGUUCGAAUGCAACAACCUCCUUUGAGUCCAAUUCAAACAAUGCACAUACAACACGGCGCAAGAACAAUGCUGUCACCCAACAGACCCAACUCAGUUUUGGUUCAAACGCAAGGCACACCAAUCCACUUUAACCGCUUGCCUGUCACUCCAGUCUUGACACCGAUAUCUAAACAAAUUAAUAAUGUAAAUAAUUUGAUUCAGCAAAAUAAAGGAAUUGGUGUGACUACAAGUCCUUUAUUACAUCAACAGAAAAUAAUAUCCGGGGAUUGUAGAAAAGCUGACCAAAGGAAUAUUCCUGACAGUCCCAACGAAAAUACUAAAAUAAUAUUAUCUCCAACAAGUUUGCAACAUAGCACGAAUCCUACAGUAAUGGCUCAAAAUCGUUUGAUUUCAAUGCAAAAUGCUAUACACGUUAGUAAUAUGAACACAGUGCACCUCAACAAUAAAGUAGUAAUUAAUACUGUCAGUCAACUAAAUGAGAAGAGGGAGAACCCACCUCAGAAAGCAGACAAAAUUAAUCACAUCCCUUUUGGAUCAACCCCUAUUAUACAUGUUGCUGCAGUUAAUAAUACAACCACUUCUAUAAUACAAGGUAACAAGGCUGCUCAAGGUAAUAUUCAAGAAAUCAACACAAUCAAUAGAAGUCAAGGUUCAAAUGUUAUUCAUUCUUUAGGUUCACAAAGGCUUAUUUCGCCAGUCUCUCUGGGAAACGUUUUGAAAAUAGACACUAAAAAAGGAGCAGCGUCUGUAUUGUCCAUGGCAACUAUUAGACCGCCAUCGAUUUUAACUAAAUUGGGAUUGUGCACUUCGUCGACUAAUACAACUACUAGCGUCACUAACGUGUCACCAUUAUUACUGAAAACUACAUGUUCAACAGGUAGAUUAAACGCUAAAUUUGAUACGGAUAAUAAAAUACUAAAACCGUUGGUUUUGCAAAAUCACAUAAGAGAUAGUGCUAUAAAAGUAGAAGAAAAAUCGGAUCCGAUUAUUACUACGCUUACAGGAUGCGAAGAAAUUGUGAAAGACAAAAAAGAUUUUAAUCCAACACCAAUGACAUCAACUACAGAUGAUAUUUCUAAAUGUGAAACAGACUUUGAAGAAUUAUUGAAAGAUACUACAAAUGAAAUAAAAAUAAGCAAUGAUCCUGAUAAGAAACUUGAAAUAAAUGUUGGUAAAACAGUUACAUUAAUUACGACUAGUAAAGAUACCCACGACACACCUGUAUCAAAAAGUAUGGAUGGUGUGAAAAUUGAGAAUAUAAAUAUAAACCAAACUCCGUUCACACCGAUAGCCGUCAAAAAUGAACAAGAAGACAUCAAUAGUAAUGAAUCUAAGGAAAUCUUUAAUAAAAUUUUAUCCCGACUUGAAAAAGAAUCAAAUCAGGCAACAAUUCCUCCUGAGCCAGAAAUAAAGAAAGAAGGCACUGAUCAACCCAGCAGUAAUGAUAUCAAUAAUAUAACUCCAACACAGGGUGGAAACGAAUUAUUAAAACUUGACAGCAUUAGUAAAACCGAUGAAUCUGACUUCCAUAACUUGUUGUGUGAAGACUCUAAAGCACCUAGCCCAAUAAAAAAUGAUGAAAAUGAUUCCUGGAGUGGUAAAGAUGUGAACUUGGAAUCCGUUAUAAAGAAGGUUGAUUCUCUGUGUAAUGACAAUGUUGAAAUACCUCAAAAAACUGAAGUCAAUGAUGUUGACAAUGAGAUGGAAGUAGACACCAACAAUUCAGAAAAGAUCAUCAAUCAAACACCUCACAUUAUGUCAACAACGUCUAUAACUCAAAUAGAUAAUAUCACUGAGACUAAACCUGCAGAAGAGAGCAUAGUUGAAAAAAUUACACCUGGUACAACUGCUAAAAGAGGUGGCCGUAACGUUAGAGGCCGAAAAAUUGAUAAGAACCAAGAUAGGGUACAGACUCGUCAGAUUUCUAAACCUACGAGGGGAACUACAACUAAACGUGGCAGAGGUAGAGCUAAAGUAGAUAAAAAAAUUAAAGCCAUUGUUACCACGAGUGGCAAUGCGAUGCCUGGAGACGUCUACGAUUUCCAUGAAGAUUCUGGUGACGAAUCCGCUUCAUCACCAAAUAAAACCGAACGCCCUAGGUUGAUUUUAACAAUUAAAAGCCCAAACUCCACACAUUCUACCGUCACAGCAACUUCUACUCUCAGUAUAGCACAAAAAGAACAGAUCAAGUUAAAUGACAAAAAUAAGGAUGAGAAAAAUGAAGAGUUUGUUUCACCAUCACCAAAUACUCGCAAAUCUCGGAGGCUUCAAGAGAAAGACGUUCAGAGGAGCACGGUAGACGAUGUAAUUGAAGACGUCAUAAAAGGCCCUAGAGCUGGAAAAGAAUCAAAUAAAAAGAGGCCUACGAGACAGGCUGCUGUAAAAGCUACUCAAGAAAAGGUUUCUGACACUCGUAAAUCACCUCGGGGCGCUAAACGAACUAGGGAUAGGAGUCUAUCGGAUGCCUCUGUCGACAGUGGCGAUGAACGGAGCCUUAGGGAUUGUAUGCGAGACCCAAAAACUCCACGUCUCGACGAACAAACUCCCGAACCCGAGCCUGAACCAGCUACUGCCCCAAGAAGUGCCCCGCCUGCAGCACAGGUUGCACCCACAGUCGUCGGACCUCAACCUGCGCCGGCGCAGUCACCCGUACACUCUGCGCCGGUCGCACCGCUCGCAGCCGCCGCAGCACAUGUACCUCAUGUACCCCACGUACCUCACGUGCCCCACGUACCCCACGUGCCCCACGUAACCCACCUACCCCACGUACCCCACGUACCCCACGCGCCCCAUGUGUCCCACGCGCCCAACGCGAACCUUACGCCGCUCGCUGCUCAUGCGCCACAUGCGCCUCAAGCCCCACAAGCGCCACCUACUACUUCUACGCCCAUAACUAAACCACCAAAAAAGAUGAUUUCGGAGAUCAGCGCCAAGCUAGCGGGAGCUUUCGAAGCGGUCGCGAGCCACAGUUCGAACGCGUGUGUGGACUCGCUGCAGAUGCUGCUCCGGCGCUACCCGGUGAUGUGGCAGGGUUUGCUGGCGUUAAAAAACGAUUCCGCUGCCGUUCAAAUGCACUUUGUGGGCGGCAACCCCGGCGUAGCGGGCGACACGUUAUCGCGACACGCAGACGGCUCCACGCCGCUACUGCGGAUCGCUCAGCGUAUGCGAUUAGAGCAACCGCAACUGGAGCAAGUACAUCGCAAGAUGAAGAUGGAAAACGAGCACUGCAUGCUUUUAGCCUUGCCGUGUGGUCGCGAUCACAUGGACGUAUUACAGCAGUCGACAAAUCUGACCGCAGGAUUUAUUACUUAUCUACAGAAGAAACAAGCUGCAGGAAUUGUUAACAUUGCACCUCCCGGACACCACCAGGCUAUGUUUACCGUUCACAUCUUCCCGUCUUGCGAAUUUGCCAACGAGAACUUAAACCGCAUUGCACCAGACCUGAUGCAUCGUGUUGCAGACAUCGCACAUUUACUUAUUGUCAUAGCUACCGUUUGAGGUAUGCUACAUACUUAUACAUUUUAUCUAAUUGACAAGCUAAUUUUUAUGCAUAUGAUAUGCUUGUGGACCUCUUGUCCUGACGACCUUAUGGACACACUCUGGAUUUGACACGUUAUUCUUAAAUCUAUAAUAUGGCUUCAAUAUUAUGUGGAUAAAGACGACGUCAUCGAUAUAGUCGAUUCGAUUUUAAGAAAGCAUUGUAAAUACGGCCAGGUUGUGAAAUUUUUAUCUUCAUUUUUAUCGUAGCAAUAGAUCGACCUGGUAGAAUAAUUAUAAUGAAAAAUAGAUUUUUCGUCAUCUUCACGAUGGCAAGAGUCUGUAGGAAUUGAGUUGUAAUACCUCUGAGAAAGCGAACUCUCUUUGUGGUAAUGUCAGUUUAUUUAUUGUAAUCGCGUAAAGUGGCGCGGGCCCCCCCACGCGCCUGUAUAAAGUCUCACAUAGAUAAGCAGCCGUCAUUUAUUUAAGUGCUAGUUUGUAAGUCAUAGCUUAUUUGUAAAAUACUUUUGUUAUGGUCGACUGGGUUCGACGAUAUUCGGAGUUUAAAUUUUUAAAAAAUAAAGAUAGAUGGCAAAGUCAGUUGAUAAAGUAUAUUUAAUUUUGGGUUCCGAUUAGAUGAGUGGCAAUCUAUCGAGCAUUUUUAUUGUUAGUGUAAAUUGUUAUUUUGUUUUAAGCGAAUUAGGUCUAAAAUAAUUUAAAUUCUGUAAAUAUCGAAUCUAUCCGUACUAAAGUUGAUUUCGCUUAGGUCAUUACGGUAGGUAAUGGAAAACUCAUGAAUACUGGGUCGAAUGAUAACUGUUUACAUGUAAAAAUAUGAUUAAGUAAUUAAGUUAUAUAGUAAGGGAAAAUACAUGUGGAAAAUAAACUGUGAUUCUGACUUUUUAAUGUAGACUGUAGGUAGCCCUAUUUUAUGGAGCAUAGAGUGCAGUGUGCGAUUAAGUGAAAGCACGCCAGUGGCGCAAAUGGCCUCGCCUUUAGCGAUAUCAGAAUUAAUAUUCAAUAAUGUUGAAAGUAAUUUUUCUAAUAUUGUGUACAACAAUGUGGAAUGGUUAUUGUUCGGCGUUAAACUAGAACUGCAUUGUUGAUACGCACUGUCGUGGUCAGGGAUACGCAUCUUAUGAUUGUCCAAAUUAAUAAAUUACAAUAGUUCACUGGAUUUCGUAUUGUUUUACUUUAAUACCGAAUGCGUGUGUCAGUAUGACUAUACGUUAUUUCCAAAUGUCAGAUUAUGUUAUCCAUUGUUUUUUUUUCUAUAAUAUUAAUCAUUAAAGACUUUGCAUACGUAUUAAAAAUUUCAUUCAAAUCAAAGUAUAAAAUAUAGAUUACUGAACACAAUGUAGGUGAUAUGUAUCUGAAUAUCGCCAUUUAAAACAUACAGGCAAUCCCAGCGAUUAUGGUUUGUUUAUCAGCAUGGUUUCUUACUUUGUAACGGUAAAAGCGUCGUGUAUCCAAAGAACUGAGGGCCUAGUACGAGUUUGUUUUCCAUUUAAAAAUGCUACCGCAUUUAGCCCUCUGAUUGGUUGGUUCGUUGAAGCAGGCCAAUCAGAGCGUCGAACGCGGUAACGUUUCGAUCUCUUUAAACGUAAAUCAUACUCGUCCUAAGCUGUACUCUCUACUGUUACAAAGUGAGACACAACUCGCAAUGCGUGGCGAUGUUCAAACAGACGAAUGCGUGGUACUGUAGUCAUAUUUACAUUAAAUUACUCACUUGACAUUCCCAUGGGAUUUAGGAGAUUCUAAACAUUCAUGAUCAGCGUUUUUAAUAAUGUUGCUGACUUUGAUUUUUUUUACAACGGUUUCAUAAUUUACUUCUGGCUCUUAUUUUUAAGUGGUUUAUGAAACUGUUCCCUAACAAAAUUUGACAAGUGCGAGUUUAAAUACUGAGACGCAGCCAAAUGUUUUUGAUAAGUAUGACAUGAGUGUUUGUCUGCAGUUUCAUAUUAUAGUAUUUUAUUUACAUUCAUAUCAUAAAGUUCUUAUAAAGAAAAAUGUCUAAAAGUAAAAAAACACAAUUCGUAUACACUUUGGUUGAUUGAAAGUGUGUAUAAAUAACAUUCUGAUAAGAAAAUUGUAGCAUAAAAUCAUACAUUUUUCAGUUUAUAUUUUUUUAUUGAGAGCUUUAUGGUUCAGUGUAGAGAAAAUUGUUUAUUUGUAUGUUCUUUUUUCGAUUCAAGUAAAUUAUGAUAAAGAAUAGAAUGAGGGUCGCGCAUUCUUACGGUUUGGAUGGUAAGGUGGUGCGGUGCGCCGUGCCUGCCACACAGUGUCUCGGGAUCUCAUUGCUGCUUUAAUUGCGGGCCGCCGCUCAGGUUAUUCUCUACUUGUACUCGCCAUCCUCAUUUGCCGCUGUUUAUUCGCUUUUUACAAUCGGCGAUUCUUGUAAGGGUAUUGACAGUGCGUCGUAAUAAAAAGUUUGACAUGAUAACUUUCCGAUAACUUAAACUAACAAUAUUGUACUUCUCAUAAUUUAAGUUGUAGUAGUAGCGCCAUUGAUUCGAUUAGCUGGCAUCUUGCAAAACUUGCAUUAUUAUUAUAGUUAAGAUAAUGGUGCGACUGUGCUGUCGUACGUAAAAUAAAGUACAAAAUAUUUUAUGUAUUGUAAUUUUAUAAAGUACGAUAUAAAUUUAUAGCACAGGUAAUGUUAUUACGUAUAUUCUUUUUAAGGUUUAUAACUAGAAUGUAUAAAAUAUUAAUAAUUGUAUUGUUUGUCAUAUUUCCGUCGCAAACAGUUCUUAACUUGGCUAGGAGGAACACUAACGAACUCAUCACUUCGUCCAUUAAUUUUAAAAUAUCUAUAAUUUUACUAGCAAGCAGAUGCCCAAUGAUGUACACUCUUAAAAUCUUAUUUGAACUCCUUAUGAAGGAGGUUAAUGUAAAUAAGUCUUCGUGAAUUAUAGUGAUAUAAUAUGACGGUAUUUAGACACGCUAUUGAAAAAAUUACGGUACCUUUAAGUAACAUGAGAAUUAUAAAUUACUAAUUUAUUGCGGUGAAAGUAUUUACUUUUUUUUGUAACUGGGGUGUAGUUAUUUUCUAAGCUAUAAUGAAUAACUAAAUAAUAUGCUGUAAUUUAUUGUUUAAAUUUAUUAUUUACUGCCUGACAUUUGUUUUAAUCGUACCCAUUUUUGUUUAAUUUAAACUAUCGAUAAUUUUUGCCUAGUGAAUAAUUACAUCCUGAGCGUUAUGCUAAAAUUGUCAAUUAUUAAUAAUAUGUAUCGGAAUACUCACCUGUUCCGGAAAUAUUAUAAUAUUUUUUUUAUUCCACGAAAUUUUACAUUUGCAAACUAAACUGCAUGUGAGAAGUAUAAUAUAGUUCUGUUUUUUUCUAUUGAAGCCAGCCUCAAAGUGGUCCCACUUCGUAGUGUCUUCAACCUGGAUUGUUGAGGACACCGCGACGUCGGGCUCUUUACUUUUACUUGAGAAUGUUUAAUUCUAUUCUUAAGGAUGUGAAGUGGUUUGAUGAGGAUGGAACGUUUAGUAACUUCGGGUGUUCUUCGCUUGCGACUGUUGCUGGUGUGUGAGAUGAUAGUUUAAAUAUUUGUAAAAUAACAUUUGAUCUCAAGUGUGCAGCAAAAGUGAAAGUGAGUUAGAUUGUUGUAGAGCAACAGUCGCGGGCGGACAAAUCCCGAUGCCAGUGUGCUCGAUGUUGGUUUGGUUCUAACAGAGCGUACGUAUAGAAAAAAAUAUUGUGAUCAUAAUUAUAUUAUAGUUUUAAAGCUAGUUUGUAGAAAUAACUGUAUAUUUUGUACAUAUUGAAAAUAGUAUUGUAUCUUUACUUCCCUUAUCCAAACAACCCAGAAUCCUGUGUGUUAUGUACCUCCUACCUACCAAUACUAUUAAAAAAAUAUUACAUAAAAAUCUCUUUGUUGUUAUUUACUGUCCAAGUGCGUUAUGACUUUGACAAUGUUGUAUACCUGUAAAAAUAAGAUAAUUCACCCGAAGAUAAUACGAUUAUUACAAAAUUUGGCGGCUGGAGGUGAAACAGCUUGUGUCAGAUUUUCUGCUCAAUUCACUUAUCUAUGAUGACACUUCCAGCAGCAGUACACGUCUCCACUCUAAACAGGCAUAGAUUGGUGACUUGUUUGUUCCAGUUCCAGGGAUUGCCUGGCUUGAUAAGAUAUGCUUCAACUUGGCCUUAUUGUGCACUGUAGCCAAAGCAAGAUGAAAACAGUGACAGCGACUUAUCCCUGGAGUAUUUGGUUGCAAUAUGAGUUGCGAAUUCCCUAAUAUCCCCCCGAUGUUAUAUUAUUUAUAUCUAUGUAAUGUUUCCCAACAUAACUUAUUGGUGACUGACACGUCUAUAUGAUUUAAAAGUAAUUGUAAUAAAGAUAUCUAAUUUCUUGGGAAGACCAAGUUUAUGGGAAUGACCGGAUUUCAUUAUGUUUAGUAUGGAGCUUAUGUCAAAAUUCUAUGCCAAUUUCAGUAAAUCUUUCAGUGGAAGUCCAUCAUCGACUUAUCUAUUUUAAGUGA